AUUCUUAUUUUCUUUCUUUGCAUAAAGUUGAAAUUAAUGUGGGCAUGCUUCAGGAAUCUCGAGUUUAUACUAUGACUGCCAGGCAACAAUUCUGUUAUGAAAAUGUGCUUAUCCCAAAGUGGCAUGAUAUAUGGACACGGAUACAGAUUCAGGUAAAUAGUUCCAAACUGGUACGAGUCACCCAGGUGGAGAAUGAGGAGAAACUGAAGGAGCUAGAGCAGUUUAGUAUCUGGAACUUUUUUUCCUCCUUUUUAAAAGAGAAAUUGAAUGACACCUAUGUUAAUGUGGGACUGUACAGUACAAAAACCUGCCUCAAAGUUGAGAUUAUAGAGGAAGACACCAAGUACAGUGUCACUGUGACCCGCAGAUUUGACCCCAAACUCUUUCUCGUUUUCCUUCUUGGACUUACGUUAUUUUUUUGUGGAGACUUGUUGAGCAGAAGCCAGAUCUUCUACUAUUCCACUGGGAUGGGUGUGGGAAUUGUGGCGUCUCUGCUAAUCAUCAUUUUCAUGCUGUCCAAGUUUAUACCCAGGAAAAGUCCCAUUUACAUCAUCCUGGUGGGAGGCUGGUCCUUUUCGCUAUACCUCAUUCAACUAGUUUUUAAAAAUUUACAAGAGAUCUGGAGGUGCUACUGGCAGUAUCUUUUAAGUUAUGUCCUCACAGUUGGAUUUAUAAGUUUUGCCGUCUGUUACAAGUAUGGGCCCUUGGAGAAUGAACGAAGCAUCAACCUGCUGACCUGGACCUUGCAGCUGAUGGGCCUCUGUUUCAUGUAUUCUGGUAUCCAGAUACCACAGGUUGCUUUUGCCAUUAUCAUCAUUGCUCUGUGUACUAAGAACCUGGAGUAUCCUAUUCGGUGGCUGUACAUCACCUACAGAUUUGCUGACUUUGUGGAAGGUUCUUUUCACCUCACACCAAAUGAAGUUUCUGUCCAUGAGCAGGAGUAUGGAUUAGGGAGCAUUACUGCCCAGGAUGAAAUCUAUGAAGAAACAUCCUCUGAGGAGGAGGACACAGAUUCCUGGUAUCCCACUGUCAUUCAGAACAACUUUUUGACUUAGGCGGAAGUCAGUUAUUUCUAUGUGGACUGGCUUGGUCCCGUGAUAGGGUCCAUGCCGCAUAUGUUGUGCAUUAUGCUUCUCAGCUUGUUGAGACAGAGCGAGAUGGUGCAGGAAUUCUCCCACUGAAAUUAGAAGCCUGAGUAGGCCUCCCUCUGGAAAUGGUCUUGGUGGUGUCUGUGGGAUCCCUGGGGAAUGAGAGUGGGUAAAGUAGUGAAUGCUCCCCUUGGUUAAGCAGUCAGCUCACCUUUUAUGUUUCCAAAGAGACUGGAUGAGCACAGCGAGCACAGCAUUCUAGCUCCUCCUUCGGAAGUUGAUUCAGUCAUGGCAUUUCUGCCACUGUGACUGGCACUCAGAAGUGAGAACUGUUAUCUGGGUUAUAUUUUUCAGAGAGAAAGCCUGUUUCACUUCUACUUUUAUUCCAGCGACUUUAGAAUAAUCCUUGUUUAAAGAGGAAAAUGAAUUUUUAUUUGUCUUAUUUUUUAAAUGGACAUAUGUAAUUUUAAUUUCUUAAAAUUCAUGUUCCAGAACCAGCAAGUGCUCCAGUGUGACAAGCCUCGUAGGCCCCUACAUAUUUAUUAAUAUGGAUUAUCCAUUAAAGCCCCAGAAGCUGUUGUGUUGAGCUUUGAAUUGGUUCUCAUGCAUAUGAUAUUCUGAGUCCUGCUUGCUUUUAGGAACAUGCCUAUUGGCUCUUCUGUAGGGGAGGUCCGUUGGGCUUUUUAUUAUAGUCAGCUUUCAAUUCCAUCUUAAAAAUAAAUUUGCAUUUUUUUCCUUCUCAUUCCUCCUCGCUCCCUUUGCCCUUUUACAAAGGGUCUAUUCCCAUACCUGUGAAGUAUGUACAAUUCAGAGUUUUUUCAUUUCUUAUAUUCUCUUCCCCUUGGUUUUUAGCAUUAUUCCUGCUAUUUAGGAGAAGCGAUCUUAUUUAGGGAAUUUAAAUGGUUUUUACAGGUUCUCCAUUUUUUUUGGGUCAAUGAGUCACAUAUCUUUGAGUUGCUGUGGAAUUAGGAAACUAUCUCUUUUUUCUUUCCUUCUUUUGUCUACUCAUUCUUCCUGUUCCUUUCUGUCUUUCCUUACCACCUAUUUUUCCCCCCAUGAGCUCUGGCUAACUUUGUAAGCCCUAAAACUAUGAAGUUUCUUGAUACAACAUACAAGAUGUAGUUAUGUAGCUGCGAUAGUUUGCAUUGCUAGAAAAUAGACCUUCAGUUAAUCUUCAUGACUCUGGAUGCUCCUUCAGCCAUCAGGAUCAGAUUUUUUUAAAGAUGAGUCAUAUAUACAUUUUUAAAAAUUGAUUUUAGAAAGAGAGAAACAUCGAUUCGUGUUACACUCAUUUAUGCAUUCAUUGAUUGAUUCUUGUAUGUGCCAUUGAACCCAUAGCCUUGGUGUAUUCAGGUGACACACUAACCAACUGAGCUACCCAGCCAGGGCCAGACACAUUUUUCCAUGAAUUAUACUUACUUGCCGUUUCAUUUCUGACCAGAGGUUCAUGCAUCCUUUUAUUAUAGUGGCAUUAGUUUCAGAUUCUUUUGCAUUGGAAAGUACCCCUAUAAGCCAGCAAUGCAUUUAUGAGGGAGUGAAUUUUUCUGUCUCUGUCAUUAGCUGGUUUUGUCUUUGUGAUCUUCACCCUCAUGCCUUGAAAAAAGCUACAAUUACUCUAGCCAGGAAGAUAGACACCGAUGGUCAGAGCAUAGCACAGACUUCCUGGAUGACCACGAUCAUAGAGAUGAUUUGUUAAAAAGUCUUCAUGACUCCUUCAGACCAGCCAUUUAGCAGCUAAGGCCCUGGGCUCCAUUACUGACUUUCAAAAUGUCAGUUCUGAGACUCCUCUCCAGGUGGCCAGUUGAUUAUUUCCAGCAGUGUUUCCCAUAGCAUUAAACUGUCUUAAAGUGACAAGGACCUCAGUUGGCAGCAAAUAGACAUAAUAGAAAGUGAAAAAUAAGCAGUUUGGGGGCAGAUGCUGUUGGUUAAAGUUGUAGACUAAAGGAGCUCUAUAGUGGGAAACCUGAAUGCCUUUGUGAGUUAUGUACAUGGUAAAAUUUUAUCCCUCUACACAGAACUGUUAAGACCUUGGGAAGGUACUAUUUUUGACCUCAUUUACAGAAAUUGAGGCCUAGGCUAUUCGAACCUGAGUUGAUUGGAAGAAGUAAUUUGGCUGUACAAGCAGUUGAUCCCCUGCUUCCACAUACCUACUUAGGGAGGGUGGUGGCUUGCUCCAGGGUGACUUUUCCUGAUUCAUGUCUUCAUUUCAGUGAGAAAGCAAUGUGAGUUAGGGAAGGAUUUCUCUCUCUUUAUGUUUAGUAAACUUGUGAAAUAAAGUUUCCAUCUCAAGACCAGUUACUUUCACUAUGUUUGAAUUUAGGGUGAGUAAAAUCAAACUCCGCUUAUUACUUCCUGUCUGGUAGUUGGAGACUGAGCUGUAGGCAGCGGAGAUGACAGUGGGUCCUGCAGCAUGAGAACUGCUCUCAGUGAAGGACGGUGCCUCUGGUGUGCUGCGUGUCCUUGCCCUGCCUGCCUGUGUGGCUCUGCCCCAGAUGCUUCAGGGCUCCCAUGUGCCUGGAGAUUGCUGAACUUAGUAAACCUUUAGAAGCUGCUCUUGUCUCCCUCUGGCCACUUAGUGUCCUGGCUCAGUCACUACUUGAAGCCCCCAUUUAAUUUUCUCUGGUAGUUGCAGCUUUUGCAAUUUCAGUAUAGUCUCAUUUCUCAGACUGAUCUCAUCAAGAAGGAUUGAAGGGAUAACUAUGAAGUGAGCUGGACAUUGGAACCACGUCUGCUGCCAUGUCAGCAUUUUGCUCUGCAAAUAUCAAGCUACAAAUUGGCCCUAGGGCCCAGGGAUUCAUCGGCAUUCAAAAAUCUAUUGCCUCUCAUCAGCCUGACCAAGUUGUGUAGAGCAUGUCUCUCAUUAAUAUAAGAGCCGACUGGCCUAAAACAUUUCCUCUUGACUUUCCCACUCAGAUUACUUUCAUGAGACCAAUGACCAAAAAUAAGGAAAAUUUAGCAGCUUUGAUAUCUCCCAACAAAUUUCUAUCAGCCACUUCAUCUCGCCAAAACUAGUUUAUUUCUCCCCCCAAAUUCAUGAAUUUAUGUCUUGUACAAAGGAUAUUUUGCUGGUAAUAGUUCCAUUAUAGUUCCAAUGCUUCAUUUUGUGCUAAUACAUCCCACUCUAGGCCCUAGUCCUCUCUUCAUUGACUAUGUUCCCUUCAAUCCAAUCCCCACUGAGCAUAUAUGAUAGAGAUUUGAUUAAUAAAAGGACCCAAAUAGGCCAGAUAGUCCCCUAGGCCCUGAUAUCCAUAAAAGGCUUGGGGUUGGAUUAUGCAAUUGUCCUCAAUUUUUUUGUUCUAGAAAAAAGAAAAAAAAAGAUGGGCUCAGAUGGAUGCUUGCGCAAAAAUGGUUCUUAGCUGUGUACUCAUAACUUUUCUCUGAAUUGAGGAGUGAGCGUUGAAGUAGGAGGAAAGGAAAUUAAAUGUCCUUGUAUUUUUUGGACUCAGGUCUGACAUAUGAGAUAAUAACCUAUAUUGAAA